GAAAAUCGCCAAUCACAUUUUCUCUCAUUUUAUAAUAAUUUCUCCAUCUUCUUUCUUUCUUUCUUUCUUCAACCUUAAUUAUAGAAACCUUCACAUAUCACAAAACUCUCUCUGCAACAAUCUAUAGCUUCUUUGUUUCUUCACUACUCUCUUUAUAGAAAAAAUGGGAAGACAUUCUUGUUGUUUUAAGCAGAAGCUAAGAAAAGGCCUUUGGUCUCCUGAAGAAGACGAGAAACUUCUCAAUUACAUCACUAGACAUGGUCAUGGCUGUUGGAGUUCUGUCCCUAAACUCGCAGGUUUGCAAAGAUGUGGGAAGAGUUGUAGACUUAGGUGGAUAAAUUAUUUGAGACCAGAUUUAAAGAGAGGAGCUUUCUCACAAGACGAAGAAAGCUUGAUCAUUGAGCUCCAUGCUGCAUUAGGCAACAGAUGGUCUCAAAUCGCAACUCGGUUACCGGGAAGAACAGAUAACGAGAUCAAAAACUUCUGGAACUCAUGUCUUAAGAAGAAGCUGAGAAGAAAAGGCAUUGAUCCAACAACACAUAAACCCCUAGUAACAAGCGAGCUUCAAACUCUUAACGUCAUAGACCACAAGUUGACGUCAUCAGAAGUAGUAAAGUCAACGGGUUCCAUAAACAACCCACAUGAUCAGUCGAUGGUCGUCUCAUCCCAAUCAGGUCCAUGGUGGUUCCCGGCUACUACAACCACAACUAAUCAAAACGCUGCGUUUUGUUUCAGUUCAAGUAAUACUACUCCAACAGUUUCAGACCAGAUCGUAUCUUUAAUCUCUUCGAUGUCCACGUCAUCAUCUCCGACACCAAUGACUUCAAACUUCAAUCCUGCUCCAAACAACUGGGAACAACAACUCAACUACUGCAACACAAUUCCAUCUCAGAGCAACAGUAUCUACAGUGCCUUCUUUGGUAAUCAUUACACAGAAGCUAGCCAAGUCAUGAACACUAACAAUAAUAAUAAUCCAGUGGUGGAUCAUCAUCAUCAAGACAUGAAGUCAUGGGCAUCAGAGAUUUUUCAUUACACAGAACAAAACCAAAGCUCGGAAACUGGUUUAGAAGCAGAAGUGAAGCCAGACAUAGCCAAGUACUACUGGAGAUCAGCAUCAUCAUCGUCGUCACCAAACCAAGAAGCUGCAACAUUGCUGCAUGAUGCUGACGUUGAGGUGUACGGUAAGAAUAUACAAAAACUUAAUAGCAUGGUGUUUGAUCAGAGCCUUUAGAUUAACAUGUGUGUAUUAGAGAGUUUCAUUUUUCUAUUCACAUUCACCGACCUGAGUUUAUUGAUUGAUCCAUACAUAUAUAUAAUAUGUUCUGCUGGUAUGUAAGUAUAUAUAUGGUUUUGGUUUGUGUAUAUUUUUUUCUGCUCGUGUAAGUUUUUUACUUGUUGCUAAGAUGUAAUUCUUUUUCUUACGAUCUCUCCAUGCUUAUGACUUUGACCUCAAUAUAGUUUCAUAUUAUUAUUAAUUAUUUUUACAUCUA